GCUGUGGACAGGCUACGGUGGUGGGAAGUGACCGUUGUCAAAGCCGUCGUUGCGAACACAACAAUGUGUACCUUAAAAUCUCGGAGUUAACCCGAGGUUGGAAACGUCUCCGGCGCCCCGCGGUUCAGGAAUUUAACGGUGACAUGUGACAUGUCGCUGCGUGGUUUGUCGGCAUUUCCAGGCGGUAACGGACAGACCAAGCCAGACUAGCUCGAGCUAACGGUAGCUAGCUCGUAGCCAAGCAACUCUGACAACGUUAGCCCUCGCUAGCCUCCCCGGAUGGCCCGAGCGCGUCCCGUAGUGUCGACGCGGUGUUGGUUCGCGGCUCCCCGGUAGGAACGUCGCCGCACACGGCGUGACAAGUUUCCCACCCGCAGCUGCCGUUUCAGUUUCAAAGACUGUUUUCAACGCAGUGGAUAUUUUGCUACACGUGUUGUGCUCAAGCUAACGUCUAACGUUAGCUGGUCCGUUAAAACGGUGCUGAAAUGCGGCGCUGAUACAUGCUAACGGUUAGCUCAGUGGCUCACGUCGCACUUCAACGGUCGUCGUUUUUUUUCUUUCUCUUCUCUCCGUUGGCUGACAUGGCGUCCAGCGGAUACUCCGACCUGAGGGAGAAGCUCAAAUCCAUGACCCCGCACAGGGACGAGGCGAAGAACAAGUACGCGGACGGGGAGAGCAACGGCAGCGGGAAGGGACACAAGCGCAAGCUGCGGGAGUCCGACGACGACGACCACGAGCACAGCGACGACAGCGCGGAGAGCCGCGAGCAGGAGGCCGUGCGGGUGAAGAGCAGCAUCCUGCAGGAGAGCAUCUUCACGCCGGAGGAGUGCGCCCUCAUCGAGGAGAAGAUCGACGACGUGGUUUGCAAGGGGGAGGCGGGACUCUAUCGCGAGCACACCGUGGACCGGGCGCCCCUCCGCAACAAGUACUUCUUCGGGGAGGGCUACACGUAUGGGUCCCAGCUGGAGAAGCGCGGGCCGGGCCAGGAGAGGCUCUACCGCAAGGGGGAAGUGGACGAGAUCCCGAGCUGGGUGCACGAGCUGGUGAUCAAGCGCCUCGUGUCCAGCGGCGUGGUCCCGGAAGGGUUCGUCAACAGCGCGGUCAUCAACGACUAUCAGCCGGGGGGCUGCAUCGUGUCGCACGUGGACCCCCAGCACAUCUUCGCACGUCCCAUCGUCUCGGUGUCGUUCUUCAGCGACAGCGCGCUCUGCUUCGGCUGCCGCUUCCAGUUCAAGCCGAUCCGCGUGUCGGAGCCGGUGUUCGUGCUGCCCGUGAGGCGGGGGAGUGUCACGGUGCUCAGUGGCUACGCUGCUGAUGACAUCACGCACUGCAUCCGCCCACAAGACAUCAAGGCCCGUCGCGCAGUGAUCAUCCUUAGAAAGACUCGACCAGAUGCUCCGCGACUGGAUUCUGAAAGCUCUUUUGCUGUCGAGAGACCUGCUCCUCUGAAAGCCAAACGCUCUCAUCAUCAUCAUCAUCAUCAUCGCAGAGCAGAUCCUGAUGCUGCUCACAGGCCGCGGGUGCUCGAGAUGGACAAAGAGGAGAACAGACGCCCGUCGAACUCCUCCCACCACCGUCGCCACAGCAUCAGCUCCUCCGAGAACUACUGGAGACGCGGCGACGACGACGACGACUCCGACAAGCACCGCGAGAGUUCAGGGCGCAACGUGAAAAUGAGACGCCACUGAGGCCUCCUCUGCCACGCGCGUAUACAUAUGAAUAUAUCUUUUAUGUAUGUCAAUAUUGUAACAUGCUUCGAUCAGCCGUCAUUCUCUCCCUCCUGUUUCAGUCUGGCACGAGGAGUCCAGUCGUCCUGCGUUUUUGAUUUAGAGUCCGGAUGCGUUUGAGUGCGUUGUUCUUUUGUUUGUUUUUGGCUGACAAAGCUCCUGUCUCCAGUCAGGCUUUGUUGUUAAACUGACCUUUGAUCAAACCGUUAUUGUUUCUAUAUCCAUAGGCACUUCAAAAUGGCAUGUAUUUUUUGUAACCAAGAUGUACAGGCCACAAGAAAAGAAGAAAAAAAGAUGUAUGUGUGGAUUUGUACAAGAGAACCGAACUGUAAUCUAACUUGUUAUAAUGUACAAUACUUUUGUAUAGUCUUUGAUCUUUGAACUUUUAUGCCAAUAGAAAUAUUUGAUUUGGUUGAUUUAGUUUGUUACCCACGUUGCAGAGCCUUACCUUUUACCACGCAUCCCGGUCUUAGUUCGCUUUGGCCUCCCAGCUGCUGUUUCAGAUGAAACACCGGGCAGAUGUGCGCUUUCAUUCUACUGCGUGACUCGUCUUUGUGGAGGCGUAAAUGUGGCGCAUCAACCGAGCUGAUGUAUCAGGGAGUGAUAAAAACCCUGGGCCCUGUUUCAGUUUGAAGUGGCGUACCUUGUAAAGUGACGGAGGCCCCGCUUUUUCUUUUCUGUAUUAAAUCUAAUUUUUCCCCCAUUUACGUGAUAUUUGGAUGAGACGGAACCACAACGCGGCCCGAGAGGAAUCUGUGGAAAUGCCUUAUUUGUUUCUGGCUCCCAGUCGGCCAUAUUUAGCCAGGACACUUAUCCGCUCAUGGGCGGGUCGUUCUGAAGUUACACAUAAACAAAAAUAAACCUCGCUGCAAAGGAGAAACAACUUUCUAGUUACAGUCGCAGGUUUUUCCAGAGCUCUGCCAGAGUUGUGAAUUUGUUUUUGAGCCCAAAUGCAAAAGUCUGUUAGAGGUUCUUCAAAAAAAACUGCUUCAUGGGUGUCACUGGUCAGGUGGAUGAACAACGCGGAGUGUGUCUCGUGGUGCUGGAGAGUCUGUGUUUACGUGUCAAAUGAUUCCGUAGAUAAGUGUCCGUAACAAGGAGGACGACGCCGGAAGCACUUCCUGGAGGGUUUCUCUCAGAAUCGACUUUAACUCCGUCUCGGCCAAAGAGGAGUCGGGAUUUUAUUUAAAGACCACAACUCUCUGCUCUAAUAAACGGAAACCUCCACAAACAAAAUCGUGAACUUGAGGAGGUGCGUCUGGUUGGCAUGUUUUACGGUUUGUGAGCGGCACGUUGUGGGUCUCCGGCUGGACUCGGUCAUAGAUCAAGACUUUUCACUUAGAAUAUAAUUUCUUUAAAACUAAAUACUUUUUUGUAUAAGUGUGAAGUUUUUUAAACCACUGAAAUGUCCACUUACACCAAUUGAUACAGUAUACUGUGUAUUGUUACAGACAUCUUCUGGGUCUUCUUUCCAUCUUUGUGAAUGUUUUGUCAUUCUUGUAGGCCGCUUUGAUUACCUGCUGUUAGAGAAGUCCCACUGUCAUCUUCAUUAAAAUCUAACAGUUUUUUGCUUUAGAAUAUUUGUUUGAUGUUCUUUUGUAUUUCUAGGAUUAUAAUAUGUGGGAAGGGAAAACCAGUUUGGACCCAUGAAAUUUCUUUAAUUCCCUAAUAAUUCUUGAAUCUGUAUAUAAGUUUGUAUAUUAUGCAUCCAUCAUAUUUCCAGAACAUUAUUUAUAAUUCAAUAAAAAAACAAAUAUGUAAAAAUA